AUGAGAGAAGUGAUUAGUGUUAACGUUGGACAAGCUGGUUGUCAAAUUGGUAACUCCUGUUGGGAAUUAUAUUCUCAAGAACAUGGUAUCAGACCAGAUGGUUACCUCCAAGACGGUUUAGAUAGACCUAAGGGGGGAGAAGAAGGAUUUUCCACCUUCUUCAGUGAAACUGGCUCUGGUAAGUACGUACCAAGAGCCUUAUAUGUUGAUUUGGAACCAAAUGUGAUUGAUGAAGUCAGAACUGGUGCUUACAAGGAAUUAUUCCAUCCUGAGCAAUUAAUUGCAGGUAAGGAAGAUGCUGCUAAUAACUAUGCCAGAGGUCAUUACACUGUUGGUAGAGAAAUCUUAGAUGACGUCUUGGAUAGAAUUAGAAGAAUGGCAGAUCAGUGUGACGGUUUACAAGGUUUCCUCUUCACCCAUUCUUUAGGUGGUGGUACCGGUUCCGGUUUAGGAUCUUUAUUAUUGGAGCAAUUAUCCAUUGACUAUGGGAAGAAAUCUAAGUUGGAAUUCGCAGUAUACCCAGCUCCACAAUUAUCUACUUCGGUUGUUGAACCAUAUAACACCGUUUUGACCACUCACACAACUUUGGAACACGCUGAUUGUACUUUCAUGGUUGACAACGAAGCCAUCUAUGACAUGUGUAGAAGAAACUUGGACAUUGGUAGACCAAACUUCAAUACCUUAAAUUCAUUAAUUGCACAAGUUGUAUCAUCUGUUACCGCUUCCUUGAGGUUCGAUGGUUCAUUAAACGUUGAUUUGAACGAAUUCCAAACUAACUUGGUUCCAUACCCAAGAAUCCAUUUCCCACUUGUUUCAUACGCUCCAGUGUUCUCCAAGGAUAGAGCCAACCAUGAAGCUAACUCUGUUCUGGAAAUCACUGCUGCUUGUUUUGAGCCAGGUAACCAAAUGGUUAAGUGUGACCCAAGAGUUGGUAAGUAUAUGGCUACUUGUUUGUUAUACCGUGGUGAUGUAGUUAACAGAGACGUUUCCAACGCCGUUUCAUUAAUCAAGGCCAAGAAGACCGUUCAAUUGGUUGAUUGGUGUCCUACAGGUUUCAAGAUUGGUAUCUGUUACCAACCACCUACCCAAAUUAAGGGUAGCGAAUUAGCAGCUGCAAACAGAGCUGUUUGUAUGUUAUCCAAUACCACUGCCAUUGCUGAAGCAUGGAGAAGAAUUGACAGAAAAUUCGACUUGAUGUACUCCAAGAGAGCCUUCGUUCACUGGUACGUUGGAGAAGGUAUGGAAGAAGGUGAGUUCACUGAAGCAAGAGAAGAUUUGGCUGCUUUAGAAAGAGAUUACAUUGAAGUUGGCACUGAUUCAUUCCCAGAAGAAGAAGAAGAAUAUUAG